ACAGUCGUUUGCAACCUUGCUCAUGACAAGUGUUAGUUUCUCUUCUGUCGACAACCUGAAGUUUGCCUACAAUAGCUAGCUACUUUACCUUUAGUAAUAUUAGCGUCCGAUUGUUCUGUGAACUGGCUCGCUAAUUUGUUACUUUUGAAGACAGUGCUAUCGUAGUCAUUUAAACAUGACAUUACUAAUUUGCCAUUUGCUUCUUUCACAUGAGCUGACCGUAGCAUGUCAAUGUGAUGUGUGGCUAACUAACGUUUUAAUACUCAGACUGUGAUACUACUAUCUGAAUGGUGUAGCUAUGAUCUUGUGCUACGCCAGGAGUAGGCAAACCUAACGUUGCUGUAGAUCCUGAAACGGCGAAGUCAGUAGUGUUCACUCUACCCGAACCUCAAAUAACACAAACAGUAUGAGCUGGAGUUCCAGGUUGCAGAGAUAACAAAAUAUUUCUGAACGUACCCCUGGGCUGUUUCUGCGGACGGAAAAGAUCACCUCUCCCUUUGACCAGAAUCCCUAGCUGUUCCAUGUUUGUCAGAAAUGGAAACCAGUAAUAUCACUACAAAUGCAUCACCUGGUUAUGGAGACGUGGUUUCUCCAGAUGUGGAGGAAACUAACAUCAGUUUGACGAAAUCAGACACAGGCCACGGAAAAGAAGUCAAUUCACAUAUACAUGAUGCCACUUCAGUGGGCGAUCAAAGUGAGCAGGAGCAAACCAACAGUGGUCCAGAAAAUACUACAGGAAUUACCGCAGAAUCGGAUCAGCAGAGAGCAGCAGAAGCUACAGCAGAUGCGUCUGAAGUAAACACUGUUCUAAAGAAAGAGGACCAGAAUGAUGGCUCAGAAAAGGCAGACAAUGCACAUAUACAUGAUGCCACUUCAAUGGUCAAUCCAAGUGAGCAGGAGCAAACCAACAGUGACCCAAAAAAUAUGACCGGAAUUAGAGCAGAGAUGGAUCAGAAGAAAGCAGCAGAAGCAACAGCCGAUUCAUCUGAAGUACAUGCUGUUCUAAAGAAAGAGGACCAGAAUGAUGGCUCAGAAAAGGCAGACAAUGCACAUAUACAUGAUGCCACUUCAAUGGUCAAUCCAAGUGAGCAGGAGCAAACCAACAGUGAUCCAAAAAAUAUGACCGGAAUUAGAGCAGAGAUGGAUCAGAAGAAAGCAGCAGAAGCAACAGCCGAUUCAUCUGAAGUACAUGCUGUUCUAAAGAAAGAGGACCAGAAUGAUGGCUCAGAAAAGGCAGACAAUGGUCAGCAGACUCAGGAUUUACCCCAUCUGGAGAAGCAGGCUCGGACCAACAGUGAUUCACAAAAUGUCACAGAUAAAUGUGAUGGACCCGAGCCAACACCUGAAGUUAACCGGUCUCAGUCUUCUUCUGAUGGUGAUGUUGAAUCUACUGCAGCUCAGGCUGCAGAUCGGCAGAUGUCAGAUUUACCCUUAACAGAAGCACCUCAAGUUGACCGGUCUCAGUCUUCUUCUGAUGAUGAUGUGGAAUCUACUGCAGCUCAGACUGACGGCCCUGUUUUACCUCCUGGACAAAAAGAUGUAAUAAAAGAAUCAACUUUUACUCCCACUCUUCAAGCAAAGCCGUGUCUUCAAGAUGACUCCAGACCCAAAGAUUUAUCCAGAAAUUUGCCUGUGAUAUUGGCAGUUUUAGUGAUCGCUGUCAUUGGUGGUUUAUUCUGCUUAAAUGGCUCAAGUACACAACCUGACCCAAGGGAGUACAGCAGUGUUGACAUCUUUCGCCGGGAAUUUGGCAAGAUGAAAGACAGCUUCCCCAGCCAGAGGGCGGAGCUGUGGAAGCGCACCAAGAUCCACCUGGAGAGGCACCUGCAGACGGCCAAGCCCACGGAGCCGGUCAGCAUGAUCCUGACCUCGGGGCGCGGGGCCGAGAGGACGCUGCACUGCCUGGCCGGCCGCAUGGCCGCCGCCUUCUCCACAGCCCUCGGGGCCUCCGGGGCCUCUGUCCUCCAUGUAGACGGGGCCGCCGCCGCCGCGCUGGAGAGCGACCGGGUCAAGCUGGACAUCGACCAGCGGCUGAGCGGGGCCUUCGAGGGUGACGGGAGGGCGGCGGUCGUCCACCGUUUCGAGGAGCUCCCCCCGGGCUCCACGCUCAUCUUCUACAGGUACUGCGACCAUGAGAACGCCGCAUACAAGAAGGUGCUGCUGGUCUUCACCGUGCUGCUGGAGGAGGACGAGCUCAAAUCACAUCUGGGCCUGAGUACUGUAGAGGAGAUGGUGCAGGAUCACAUUCAGUACAAGUUCCUCUCCUCUGCUCAGCCACCCAGUUUUGACAAAAUGGACGUGGAUAAAUUAAGUGGACUGUGGAGUCGAAUCUCUCAUCUCACCCUGCCUGUGGCUGUGGAGGGGUCCAUAGAGAUGCAUGGCUGUGAGAUCUAAGCACUUCAGGCAUGGAAACAUGCACUGGAACAUCUAAGCACUGACUCUGUGUUCGGUGUGUUUGGGCCUGUUGCUUUUUUCACAGGUCUGAGAAAUGGUGAUUUGAGAAAAAUGUAUGCACUACGUGUUCAAAUUAUUACUAAUGGUUGCCAAAUGUACUGGAUUUAAGAGAAACUGGAAAGAAAGAAAAUGUCUGUCAUCAUGUAAUGUUGAAGAAAUCAUGGAGUCAUAGGAAGACAUUCAUGUUUACUGUUUGGGUUAGAAGUAAUAUGGUGAAAUAAAAAAUGAAGGGUGAUGUUGAGAUAAUUAUGGCCAGUCAUUAUAGCUUUUGUCAUUGAAAAGUUUAAAAACAGGUUAUUACUUAAUCAGUUAUCUGUUCAUAAACUUUAUGAGCACUGGGACAACAUUAUGUUGUCUCAAUAAAGGUUUAUGUUGGGGUAAAUAAAGAAUGGACCCACACUCUGAUCCCACUUAUUUAUUACAAGCGAUGAUUUCGACCUACAGCCCUCCAUUGGGUUACUAACAAUGCUGAGGUAACCCAAUGAAGAUUUGUUUCCAAGAAUUAACUUUGACAGUGAAUCAGAAAUUAUCUUUCGUCAGAUGUAAUUUUCUUACCCUGCCCCUGUGCAUGUUAUUGGAUGUACAUUUGAUAAUUUCCUUAUGUGAAUAAAGAUUUUUGCCUUAAA